AUGCCACCCGCCGCUGGUCUCGGGGGCAUCUGUCCUCCGGGGACGAUCGCCAAGUCCAAGAAUGGCACUGGCGCCGUCCCAGGUCCAUCCAAACCAGAUCUCAAGGCGUUGCGAGAGCAGGCCGCUGCCAACAAUGACGACGAAAGCAGCGACGACGAAGAGACCACAACAGACGACAGCAGCGACGAGGAAGCUGCCUUGGAAAUGGACGGUCAGGAGCUAUGGACUCAGACCUACUGCCUCACCUGUGAUUGCCUCAUCGAGCCUGGCGAGGGCAUUUCCAAGGCCAACGCAGCCACAGCAGCAGGCACAUCCUCUCCUGCCACACACACCACACUCAAAAGUCGCUCGGGCACUAUUAAGGCUCGUGGAUCUUCCAAUGCGUCCGACACCAACCCGCCCGCUGUGGACGAGACCAAAGCUACCAAUGGCUCCAAGCACUCGCCCACCGCUACCAAAUUAGCAGGCUCUGGUGACCUCAAGAGAACCAAUUCGGCCGGUCGUCUUCAUGCCAAAGCUGGCGCAGGUCCACUCGGUCCACACAAGCGCACAGGCAGCGCUGGCAGUCGUCUUCACGCUCUCAGCGAGCUUCGUCCCACCACCAAGCUUCACGAUGACAAGGGAAAAGCAAAGGCUUCCACAAAGAGCCCUGCCGCCUCUCGAUCCAACUCACGACCCGGCUCAGCUGCCAGCAAUCGUUCCCACAGCAACAGCAGCGGCCCUUCCUCCUUCAAGUCCAACGAUGCCGCCGCUUCAUCCAACGCCAACACCACCUCCGACGGUCAGGCUCGCGUAAAGAAGCGUGGCUUCCUCGGUGGUCUUGGCUUGACUCCCGCCGCUCUCAAGCAACAGGAAGCCGAGCUCGCUGCCAAGCGCAAAGCUCCUACUCCGCUUUACUGUUCCGAGCGCUGCCGCCUCAUCGACGAGCGACGUUCCUCCGGUCUUGGCGAGCUCACUCAGUACCUUUCGCAGCCACUUGCGCCCCCUGUCACCGCAGCAUGGACAGGCCCACCCGCUCCACACUGGACACGAACCGCUAGUGUCUCUUCCAUUCCGAUGGCCGCCACUGCGGAAACACCGGGGAGCGACUGCCUCUGCCCUGAAUGCAUGGACAAGUACGUCGACUCUGGGAGCGCCAACGGUGCAGCUAUCCCGAGUGGCGCCAGCGACACAGCUACCGAAAGCUCGAACGGGUACAUGUACGCUCGCGGAACCGUUCAAAAGCCACGCACUGCCAGUGGAAGACUCAUCACGCCGCUAGGUCUCGAAAAUGGCGGCGUCGAAGGCUACUUCCCGCAGUACGCGCCCAACUAUGCCAUGACACCCGCCAGUCAGAACAGCCCAAGGAUUCGCAAUCUCGACAUGAGUCAACUCGCGAAUACCGGCCGCGGUUCGUCGAUCCCCGCUCGCUCAUCCUCAGCAGCUAGCGGAGGAAGGACAAGCACAGCUGGCACCAGCUCAGAGAGUGGCAGCAGCAUGUGGGAGCCACGACUCAAGCCACGCACCAACUCAGGCGCUCGAAACGGCAACGCCAACGUCUACCACGGCACCACGCCUGAUGGCUACACCGUCGAAGGCAACCCAAGUAGCUCCGCGUCGGGCCUGUCCACCAACACUGCCACGCCCGCCAUCACGCCCAGGCAAUCCAUGAUCGUGCCCCCAGACUCGGACUCGCACAAUACUGCAAAAUCCGCACAUCGCCUUUCCGUACCUGGCUUCGCUCCUGAUCCGGAAGCUAGCGAGGAGGGGAAGCGCGCCACCUCGCCUGCAGCCACCCUGCCGCGCCGACCUGAAUCUCGCCAAAAGCGAAGCUCUCUCCUCCUCGGCACGAGCCCCCUGAAGCUGCUUGACAAGGCAAGUCAGCACCACGCUGCUCCCUCGGUGGACCUCUUCAGCGACCAUGUCGGCAGUCCAGGCGCUCGAGGCUCGCUGCUCUCCCGCAGUCUUGCCAGCGAGCACACGCUCAUAGGCGCCAGCGGGAUCACCCUGAGGAACCAACAAACAUCGCUCCUUUCGUCUUCGCAAGAACAUGCCAAUCUCGAUGCGUCACGGUCCCAAUCACAAAUGCCUCAAGACGCACCCGUUGGUCGACGUCCUUCUGCCUUGUCGCAAAGCUUCUCUUCUCGCACCUUUGCAGAGCCCUCCGAGAUGGAUCAGAACUCGCAGCGCACAGACGACCAGGACGGUCUCAGCAUGGCUGUCGGCAGUCUAAAGCUUGCCCAGUCCCGUACCUCAGGCCCUCAUGCGCCUGGUACGCGGCGCGGCACGGAUGCAUCCGAUUCUCGACCCACCGACGUGCGACGUCGAUCGCUGUUCGGCGUGGCAGGCGCUCCCUCGCGCCGCGACUCGACUGCCAUGUCCAUCUCGAGCUCCAACUCGGGUUCGAAUAGCAGCGGCUGGCUUCGCUCGCUGUCCUCCGCUUGGCUCAACUGGCGAUCAACCGCCUCGCCGGCACCGAUGCCGAACGAGUCAGAUGUCUUCCACACCACAGAUGACAGCGACGAAUGGCCGCCCCACGGCUCUGUUCACACUUCUCGGCGCGAGAGCGGUGCAUCGCGUGGCAGUGGCCACAAGCCCCCCUACGCUCAGAAGCGAGCCUCCUCUACAAGAGACAUCAGCACCGCCAGCUCUCUGGGUCAGCAAAACAACAUGCUGCGUCCGACAGACGUAUCACGCCAGCCCUCGGAGGAUCGUAGUGCAGGUGUGACGCCAACGCAGAGUUUGGUAGCCAGACCCACGAUUCGUCGCGGUCAUGUCCCUGCGUAUGUUAGCGAGAUCGGGCAAGAAGGCGGCAUCCCCGGCGAUGCCACGUCAGCCGAAGCUAAGGCGGAGGACAGCAGCAUGGCAGACCCAGCACAGCGAUUGGCACGCGCUCGCGUGGACAGCUUCACUCGGAUCGCAGACGCCGAUGCAGCGCAGAAGAAGGCCAGCAAGCGCAGGAGCCGUGACAUUUCGGUGCUUCCCCCCUUGCUGGCUCCCAUCAGCCGCUCCGGCAGCAGCAACAACCUGUACGCGCAGAUGCCCAGGAGCGCACGAGCUUACUCGACCGGCCGAGCCUGGACCGCCGCCAACACACCUCAGAUGUUUGUUGGCAGUGCUGGUUCGGCUCACCAGCAGGCCGGACCUGGUCCCAACGCUCAGAUGGCUCACUCGCCGACGCUGAUGCGCAGUCCUUACCACAGCAGUCUCGCCUUGACGCAGGACGCUUCACGUGCUGCGAUGUCGCCUGCGAGACCGAAGAGUGCCGCAGGCUAUCACUCGGUGCCGUACAGCGCCGGAACUUCGCCACGUGCCAAGGGUCUCGGAUGGGGCGCCAUGACCUCGAUCGCUUCGCCUCCCAAUUCGUCGGCGUCGGCCGCCUUUCCUCAUCACGCCACUCAUCGUCAGAGCAUCAGCUACGGCCACGCUGCUGCCGUCGCCAGCCGACAAUGCGUCAACCAGGCGCAGAGGCCGCAUCACCAGCAUCACCACAGUCACCAGCAUCAGCACCAUCACCACGGCCACCAUCAUCAGCACCACCACCAUCAUCACCAUCACGGCCAGCGUGUGCACUCAUCAGGACAACAGCAGGGGUCUGGUCAGGGCGACGAGCUUGCUCCCCUCGGUCAUGUGAUGAAUCUCGGCGUGCUGCCAAACAGCACAGGCCAGCCCGUUCUCGGCCGUCACUCGACCAUGCCAGUCACCUCGCAUCGUAGCCCGACACCCAGCGUGCCCGAAGACGGCGGCGAAAUGUCCUCCCAAGAUCUGACAUCGGGUGACUUUGUCAGCCGGCCCAACUCUGCCAUGGGCAACGGCCGACGUCACCACCGCACCUCGCUGAUGCCCCCUCCUCGCUCGCGCUCUUCGGUCGGGAUGCACCCGCACCGAUCCGAUGCCUCGCUUGCGCUGACCCCUGCGUCCGAGGACGUCGUCGCAGAAGACGGCGCACAGCAUCCGGAACCUCCACGCACAUGGAGCUACGAUCACCUGUCGGGGCUCAAGACGUAUCCGAUCCUGCAGCUCCCCGACCGCGAGACGCACGACGUGUACGACGCCGCGUGGGGUCUCGACGCGGGUGGCCUGGCAAAGCAUCUCGGCCAGGACGCGCGCACGCCGCGUAUGCGACAGGGCAGCACCGACGCCGGCCAUGAGCAUCGCGCCGACGAGGCCACCGACGCCCGAAACACCCAGAUGGGCUUCCAACCGCACAGAAAGAAGCUCUUCUACUUUGAUGCUUGA